UAGGCGCGUCUCGGGGCCCCGCGCAUAAAAACGAUGCCCCUCGACGAGCGUCGAAUCACAGUCGGUCGCAAGCCCGACACGUUCAGCACCCGGCCACCGACAGCUAGAAAAAUGGUUCGACCGGCCGCCGCACUGCUGCUGCUCCCGUUGGCGCUGGCGUCGCUGCUGGGCCGGGCCGCGGGCGAGGUGUCGAUGCUAAAGCAGCGCAACAUCUGCUUCCCGCCCUGCUUGGACGACGAGGUGUGCGCGAGCAAGAUGAUGUCGCCGCCCCGCUGCUACCUGGAGCUGUCCGACAUGGUGUGCAAGCUGUUGUGCUACGGGAACGAAUGCGUGCACAUGGGGACGCCUUGCAAGAAGCCGCCCUGCCCGUCCAUCGGCUGCCUCGUGUGACAGCGCCUUCCGACGGCUUCCGACGAGACACUGGCGGGACGUCGUCCCUGGGUGAGGGGGGGGGGGAGAUCAGGUGGCCCGCAGUCUCCAUUCAGCUGUCACCGUCACCAUCACCACCGUCACCAUCAUCACCGUCACCAUCACCAGGCACGUCCAUGCCGCUCCAUCUCCGUACCGCUCUCCUCAGCUCCCUUCCACGUGGUUCUCUUUCCACUUCACCACUGCCUUCAAAAUACUGCUUUGCACCAGUGCACCGAGAUACCAGUGUUCCUAGACUGUUUUUCUUCUUAGUUUUAAUUAAACGUAAUUACGUCAUCAAUGAUCAGUUGUAUAAUAACCGGCAAAAAAAUUAAAAUCCACGGAUCUUGUAAUAUUAACUAACACAUAACUAGGGACCGGAAAAAUUCGCUGGUUCAAUGACCUGCAGGAUGAACUCCAUAGUUCUACGUACACUCGGUAAAAUGCCACCCACUCAUUGGCUGCUGUCUUGUGAGACGUUCCAGCGUAGCAGCCUGUGAUUCGAUAAAGCUUUGGUUGGGUGUUUCUGAUUGGCCCAGAGUCAUCCAGGUGAGUAGUGAACCAAUAUCAGAGGCAGCACUGAGAUAUAACGAUUUGUAUUUUAGCCUAUCGCGAAAUGAAUUCGCGAAUUUUUCCGGUCUCUACACAUAACUAGAGACCUGCAAAAUUCGCGGAUUCAUUCGGCUAUAGGCUAGAAUUCAAACACAUAUACCUCUUAGAUAAUUUUGCUAUUGGCUUACUGUUCAUCUGGACGAAUCUCAACCAGUUAUAAACCCUCAACCAAAGAAGGAUCGAAUCACAGACAAACCAGCUGAGACGACUUACAAGUCGGCAGCCAAUGAACUUGCGUUAUUUGCCCGAGUGUACAGGGGUAUGUGCAGUCUAUCCUGCAGGCCAUCGAAAACGCGAAUUUUGCACGUCUCUACACAUUAAAAAGUUCGCGUAAUAUGACGCUACCUUUUUAAAUUACACUUCAUUGAAUUUUCUUUGUUUUUGGUACUAUACUUUUUUGUACUCAAUUUUGGGGGAAUACUAGAGGAACUGACUAUGAUUUUUUUCUUUCCAUAGAAACCAUUGCGCUCUUAAACGGAGCCAUCCCAUUUGCGAUAUACUUUUUCCCGAACUGGACGUAACAAUCGUUCGAACAGUUAACGCAGCUGAAAGAUAUCAUAUCUUGCCUUUAUAUAACUUAAAACUUGCUUUGUGUUCUCAAAUGUAGCUAGACACAAUAAUUACGUGUAAAUAAAUAUCACUUAUGUAUCAUAUAGGACAGUCUGAAUUUGAAAGUGAUUGACUGUAUUUUAUUAUUAAGUCAUGUUAAUUGAAGAUGUGUAGCUGAUAUAAAUAAUAUUAGAAGAGAACAACCACUCACUAUCACAGAUAGUAUAUUAUCACAUGAAAGUUUUACUUCUCCUUACCAAGUAUUCUAAAAUUUUCCUUAAAAAUAGUUUUUGCAAAUACUUAUUAAUGCAAAAUAGUAGGCUAAGUAUAAUUUUCCUUCUAUGUGUAACCCAUUUAAAAUCAAAGUAAUAUUUGUAAAUAGGUUUUAUACAGUAGGCUACAAAAAAUUAUAUUCCCAUUAAGGCGAGAAAACAUACCUAUCUCAAUGUUAAAAUUCAAAAACAAAACCUGGUAUUGGCGUUAGGUCUCCUAGUAUAAAUAGAAAUAUUCAUAUAACAAUUUUAAAUAAUAUUAAUAUAUUUAUCCAUAUGAAAAGAAAUGCUUUGUAAACAAAUUACGAAAUUAUUUUGAGCGCAAUAUUAAAUAUUUUAAUACACAAUUAAUAAUAUUAAUAAUGUUCAACACUAUUCAUUAUGGCCAGAAACAAAAUACAUCAUUUUUCUUAUGUACGAUGUUAUCUUUAAGGCAGUGUGUCUUAAGUGCAAAAAAUUCAUUUGUCCAUAGUAAACUGCUAAAUUGUAAUUUGUAACAUUUUGUACACAAUGCAACUAAUAAUACAUCGUCAACAUUUUGAAAAAUGUUUAAAACACAAAACAAGUGUGUUACAAAUAUGAAUGAACUCUUUGGUGCUAAAAUAAAUACUUUAAAAACCUA